CAGCUGCAGCAUUCUGAGUGGAUUAGAAAUCAGGGGGGUCCUGGGCUUCCUCAGACCAUGAGGAAGCUGCUGGUGUAGGAUGCAGGAGUCAAGCACAAAGACUGAAUAUUUUGUCAGGAGAAAUAGCAGAAUUUAAAUGAAGCUCUCCAUUUUCUGAGAGGAAGCAGGGAUGUAUCCACAAGCAAGCAUAUCAGGAGAAAAAUGGAAUGUUGGUAAUUUUUGCUUUCCAUGUCAGGAAAAAGAGAUGAUGAUGGUUUUGUCCCUUGCUGAGUAAGGUUGGUGCACUGAAACAUUAAAUGCUUUUUGUAGGACACUGCUCAUGCAGUGUCUUAGCUAGCUUUGGGGAUUGAGCUCUGUAUUUUACCUGUGAGAAAGUGAACAAUUGAUGCUGGACUUAGUUUAACCUUGAGUUUUACCUUUUCAAUUAUCCUUGCCUUAAGUCUGUGCACAGUAUUGUUGAACUUUUGAGUGCAAUUUAUUUCUUUUUAAGACAGACUUUAUCCUAUGUGUUUGGAAAUUCAGGGUUUACUCACUGGUAGAACUGUAAAGCAAUCUUGACCUGCUUGUAGCUUCCUGGCCUUUAGGUGUUUUGAAAGUGUCUUUUUCCAGAGGAGACAAGUAACAGAAAACCACCUGUAUGCAAAGUCUUGCCAGCUUCAGAGAGCCAGAAGGAAGGCACAAGUAACAUAAAACCACUGGAAUGUGAAGUCUUGCUGGCUUUAGAGAGCCAAGUGGGACAAAAGGAAUAUGAAGCAUGUAUUUAGUUUAGAACAUAAUACAAACCAUGGCAGACCUAGAAAGAAAGGGCCUUUCUUUAAGUAUGCAAAUUGCUUCUCAGUCUUCACGUCACAGUAAUAUUACCCUUUAGGUCAGGUGGAAAUUGUUUUCCUAAACAUCAGGCUUGUCCAGAUGUAAAACUGACUGUUAUGUGACUGUUAUGUGACCUUUCACUACAAGUAAGACUGGGGGGGGUCUCACUUUCACUGAAUAUAAAUUGAACUCCUCAUGUAAGAAUUCGGGUUUGGUUUUCUUUUGCUUUAAUUUACUGUAAUUAUCCAAGAGCAGGCAUAGUAAUAUGAGACUGCUUUAAGUACAGGUACUAUUAGUGGGGGAGGAAAGAAUAACUAGCAAGUUCUAUCAGUUAAGAGCUGGAGCAGAGGUGUAGCAGUUUGCAUAAUGCUAGAAGUGAGCUCCUGAAAUCGCUGAUUUGGGCUCCAGGACACAGAUUCUAUCUGUGACAGCAUGUGCUACAUUAACGAGUGGCCAAAAAGGUUUCUGAAGACAUUUAUUCAACAGUACAGUGAUUAUCAGGUCAAUCUGUUAAUUGACAAUGAAGCAGAGAAGGAUUACCUUUACGAUGUGCUGCGAAUGUACCACCAGUCCAUGAACCUGCCCGUGCUCGUGGGGGACCUGAAGCUGGUGCUGAACGAGCCGGGCAGGCUGGCCCUGUUCGAUGCCAUCCGCCCGCUCAUCCCCUUGAGGCACCAGGUGGAAUACGAUCAGCUCACCCCCAAACGGUCACGAAAGCUGAAGGAGGUGAGAUUGGAUCGUUUGAAUCCUGAAGGGCUUGGAUUAAGUGUGAGAGGUGGAGUGGAAUUCAGCUGUGGCCUCUUCAUCUCCCAGUUAGUUAAAGGAGGGCAGGCAGACAAUGCUGGACUUCAGGUUGGGGAUGAGAUCGUGCGCAUAAACGGAUAUUCCAUUUCCUCCUGCACACACGAGGAGGUCAUCAACCUCAUCCGAACCAAGAAAAUCGUCUCCAUUAAAGUCAGACAUAUUGGCAUGAUACCUGUCAAAAGUUCACCAGAUGAACCCCUUAAAUGGCAAUAUGUGGAUCAGUUUGUGUCAGAGCCUGGGGAAGGAAAGGGCAGCAUUGCUGGACUUGCUUCCUCUGGAGGGAGAGACAAUAAAGAGAAGAAAGUCUUCAUUAGCUUGAUUGGCACAAAAGGCAUGGGAUGCAGUAUUUCCAGUGGUCCCACACAAAAACCAGGCAUUUUUAUCAGCAAUGUUAAGCCAGGCUCUCUUUCAGCAGAGGUGGGCUUAGAGGUUGGUGAUCAGAUUGUUGAGGUGAACGGAGUGGACUUUUCUAAUGUCGAUCAUAAAGAGGCUGUCAGAGUGCUCAAGAGCAGCCGUACUUUGACCAUCUCUGUGGUGGCAGGGGCUGGAAAGGAGCUGUUCAUGACUGAAGAGGAGAGGCAGAGGGAAGCUCGUGUCCGGGAGCAGGAGCGCCAGGAGUUAAUGCACCAGAAACGGCUGGCACUGGAGACCAACAAAAUCAUCAAAGAGCAGCAAGAGAAAGAGAGAAUAAGAAAGCUGGAGAUUUCCCAGAAGGCUGCAGAGGAAGAAGAGAGAUAUCGCAGAGAAAUAGAGCAGAUAACAGCAGAGGAAGAGAAAUUUAAAAAGGAGUGGGAAGAAGACUGGGGUCCUAAAGAGCCACCCAAGUCUCUAAAAACUGUAACUGCAGAAGUGCACUCAGCCCCUCGUUCCAAACACAAAAAAGAUUUAAAGGGAGUUGCACACGACCAGCUUGAGACAGAUGACUUGGAUGAAGUGAGCAUGAAGCAGGACAAACAGCAACUUGCUCCAAGUCCACCCAGCCAGCGACACCCAGGGGUGCCAAUAGUCUCUAAACCAGUUAUGCUGCAUCCUGACCCAAACUUCGUGGUCAGGCCAACAAUCAGAUCAGAGGCCCUGGGCUUCCAGAAGUAUGUGGAAGAUUUUGAUCCAUAUUCAAUGUUUACCCCAGAGCAGAUUCUGGGAAAAGAUGUGCGGCUACUACGAAUAAAAAAGGAAGGAUCGCUGGACCUUGCAGUCGAGGGAGGAAUUGAUUCUCCAAUUGGGAAGAUUGUUGUGUCUGCCAUCUACGAGGAUGGGGCUGCAGACAAACACGGAGGAAUAGUGAAAGGGGAUGAAAUACUGGCUGUGAAUGGCAAGAUAUUAAUUGACAGCAAGCUGGCAGAAGCACAGGCAACUCUAGGAAAAGCUUGGAACAUGGGUGGGGAUUGGAUUGACUUAGUCAUUGCAGCAUCACCUCCUAAAGAAUAUGAUGAUGAAAUGACAUUUUUUUAAGGACGACUACAACUAUUGAAAUGGAAUCUCUCCUCAGCAGAAACCCACUGCUCAGUAAAUUAAUAGGGAAUCAUUAACCACAUGAAAUUCAUCUUUAUUGACUCACCUGUAAAUUGAACUAGAGACAUCAGAUUCUUCAGACAAUUUGAAUAAUUUAUUAUCAUUCUAUAGAUAUACAGCAAAUCUUUUUUUGCAUGAUUGAAAAGAACUGCUAACCAGCACAGUUCAGUCUGUGAGUGCUUGAUCUCUUUUUGCUACCUUGAGGGGCCAAAUUCUGCAAAUCAUCUCAGUUUUCCUGGAAUAGACUCUAAAAUGACAAAUGAAGAUAGAACACAGAUGUCUGUUCCCACCUACAACACUUUUGAAUACACAUUCACAGGCCAGUCUGGGUGUGAAAAGAAUUAUAUUUUUACUUCCUAGAUAGUGAUUUUCCUGGGAAAAUGGGAAAGUACACAGGUAACUUCUGUUCUCCUGUUCUUGUAGCUCUCUUAAUGUCCAUUUUUAUGUCCCAGUUGUGAGGGUUUUUUUGAGCAUAAAAGCCUUGCUGGUGAAAUAAUUGGGAAUACCAGGACUGCGAGCAUUAUAAGGAAUAAUUUUGAUUGUGUUGCUCAUACAGUAUAAAGAAUCUUCUGUACCAGCAGAGUAAAUAACUAGCAAGGAGCUCAGAUAAAAUCAUUAUGCAUAGUCACAUUCAUGCUUCUGAGUAUUUGUAUUGGUGGCAAAAAUUCCUCCCUCAUAUAGUCAUGGGUGGAAAAUUUGGGUGUGAUUCAGAGUCUGCUGUUUUGUACUUUGUUCUUAGUGAGCCUAUAAAUGUGACUGAACUAUGCAGGAAGCCACCAAGUGUAACGUUCUGCUCUUGGUGACUCUGUGCCUUGGGUUUGAGUAAAUUCCUCAAGACCAUAAAAUCAAUACCAGCUUGUCUUUAAUUAUUAUUACAGUUGAAAACUUAGUAAUUAUAUUCUAGAGAUGCCUCCUUAGAAAUGUCAUUGUCUCCUCCUUUUCCUCUACCUGCCUGUUUGUGUUCUUUUUUUUGUGUUGUGUUUAGAUUUUUCUCACCUGUUCUACUGAGAGGCAGUUCAUUGGCAUAUCAAAUUCCCACUGAAAUUUUGCCUUUUCAGGGUUGGAAAACCCUCCUCUUCUCCAAUACAGAAAAAUAACAAUUACAUUCUUGAGAAUUCAUAUAUGCAGAUGCUUACAUAAGUUAACUUUCCUUAUUUGCAGUAUUCUUCCAGUAUGCCAAUUAAUGUGUGUGGCAGGGUAUGUAUGUUAGAAUAUUUUAAAUGUUGAACUCUUACAACUAAUCCAGAAAUAAAAUUGCAUUUGCCAAAAUGGAAGAAGUCUA